CUGGACUCUGACAUCAAGAUCAAGAUCGAGCUCACUUGGCCUGAAAACACUGAAGAAGAAGAGGAAGGACUAUUUUUUCCCUUUUUCUUACGUAAUUCUUCCUUCAGGCUCUCGUCCACGCCCUCAAGAACACUAAGUAAGGCACAAUGGCGGAGCUGUCCUUUGCGGUGAUAUGCUCCAGCAACAUGAACCGGAGCAUGGAAGCACACGCCUUCCUCAGUAAAAAGGGGUUCAAUGUGCGAUCCUUUGGGACUGGGGACAAAGUGAAGCUUCCAGGCCCAGCACCAGAUAAGCCCAAUUGUUACGAGUUUGGAACCUCUUACGACGAUAUCUACAAUGACCUCCUGAAGAAGGACAAAACUCUAUAUACUCAAAACGGUCUUCUUCAUAUGUUAGAUCGAAAUAGAAGAAUAAAGCCGGAUCCUGAGCGGUUUCAAGUAUGCAAGGACAAAUUCGACAUCAUCGUUACCUGUGAAGAGAGAGUGUACGACCAAGUUCUUGAAUGUUUAGAAGCAAGAAUCCCCGAGGAAAAUACUCCGGUGCACGUUAUAAACAUAGACAUCCAGGACAACCACGAAGAGGCCACGAUCGGGGCCUUCAUGAUCUGCGAACUGGCGGCUCUGCUGUCCGGAACUGACGAUUUGGACAAUGACAUCGACGAGCUGCUUCACGAGUUUGAAACAAAAUGCCAAAGGAACGUUCUCCAUUGUGUACAGUUUUAUUGAAUAUGUUGCGUUUAAUGUUUGGGUCUCAGGGCUUGCUUCCUGGUAUGUCAUUCCUAAGUAUCAAGAUGUGCUAUAGCUGGUUAUAUAUCACACACACACAUACACACACACUGUCUAUAAGCUAUACAGUCGUCCCUCAAAUAGUUCGGUUUCGGCUUUAUACGGAUUGUCAUAGAACUUUUAGGAUUUUUAAAUUUCCUGCUUGUUGGGAAUUUUAAAACUCCCAAAAAAUCUUAGAAAAUCCACAUAAAACCAAAACCGAACUAUUGGAAACCAUGCUAUCUGAGGGAUGACUGUACUCUGAUUCAAGGGAACUGGUAAAUCUGUGAACUGUUAAGCAUGGGACGCAUAACAAGUACGCUUCAUUCCCACUGGUGCCAAUGUUACCUUGUUUGUCGUGUUACUUUAUUCACGUAUUGCAGAGAUUCCUGUAUUCAUUGUUUACGGUCUUCAUGCUCCACAUUGUUGGCGUUCAUUCUAAAUAACAUGGCAGAAGGACCAAUACCACUUUCACAGUUCCAAUGAAUCUUCCAUGUCUCUAACUCGGCAAUAUCUGGCCACUUCCAUAACUACAUCCAGGCUGCCUCUCCAUUACAUGUGGGUCCAGGCACCACCAAGGCACGGUAAGGGGGGCGAGAUUCAGUGGCCGUGCUGUGAGGUGACAUGCAGCCAUCCUCCCCACCAGCUGUGUUGUGGACAAGAAAAAAAUAUAAAAAAAUUCACUUCAGUAUUCUUUUCUAUUUAUCUUUGAAAGCAAGACACUUUUAUGGAUGUUUGGUGUAAAAUACAGUGUGCUUAAAUCAAAAGUCUCCAUGUUUUCAGUGAUGAGAACCUUACAUCACAGGAGCUGAAUCUAGAUUCACAUGAACUUGCCAAAAUUAGAAAAGUGAAUUGUUUUGAAUGUUUUGUUUCAGUGUUUGAACAUUUUAUCUAUUUUCAAUUCUUGUAAUUCACUGGGUAAUCUUAAUGUUCCUAUAGGAUGAAAAUUCCAACAUGGCAGUGGCCGGCAUAUUGCUUUAUGUCAUUUUCAUGCUUGCCUUCAAUACACGAUGAUGAAAAUACAACUGGAAGGUGAACCUGAGCCACACUUGUUUUUAAGUAUUGUAGCAUGAUGCUGAGGGAGUGUGCUGCAGCAGCAUUAGCAACAGUACGUCACUAUGAACUAUUGAUGUUAUGAAUGGUGAAAAUGCAUUAGACUGUGUAAUAUAUCCUGGCCCAUUGUUUUAGUUCAUUAUUAUCACGGCAGUGUCUACGAUGGAUAGAAAUCCUAUAAAGUUUGACUUGUUUGUGUUGUAUUUUUUGGUUGCAGUAAUGAAUUUGAAAUAGAUUACUCUUUCCAUUAGGUUGAUGAAAAUAUCUGGUUGUAAAUCACACUUAGAUCAGUGCUCAAAAGAGAGAGGCUUCCAUGGCUAACAGACGUAAGAUUACUUGGUUGAUAUACUGUUGUUGCGCUGUGCUAUUGGCAGUAACAACAAUUGUGUAUUAUGCUUAAUUUUAAUGUAUGGCAGUAGUAGAAAAAAUCAAGGGUUCCCACUUUUGUAUAAAAAAAAUAUCCUCAUUUUUCUCUGAUUAAUUUGAAUUUUUUGUGAAUAAUUAUUUUGACCUUUUUCCAGGUCUGACAUCCUUAUCACAAGUUAAAGAUUUCAAUGCUGGAUUUAUAUGGGCUCAUAAUUUUGUAAAUUUUGCCUUUUGAGAAUUUUUCAAUGAAUUUCCUGACUUUGACUAGAAAAAAAACUUAUUCCAGGUUUUGCCUGAUUUCCAGAAAGAGUGGGAACCCUGAAACCUGUUAAUAUGAAAAGCAGCUGACCUGCACUUGUUUGGAUUUGCAAUUUUUUGUGACCAUCAUACGACACCUUCAGUCCCAAUAAACGUGUAUGUUUGUAUUGAGGGGCAGACCUGUUGAUUUCAGCUGAAUGUUGCUUGUACUGACUGUGUGAAUGAAACUGUGAGCACUGGUACUGAUAGGGAGACUGAGAGGCCACCAGCAUGACACCUCACCACACUGCCAGUGCCAAGACCUGUUACUAGUGACGGCACAGAUGAGUCACAUGCUGUAUACCAAGACUUGUGUUGCCACAGUGUGACUGACCAUGUGUAGUGUUUACUGUUGUCACCUCCAUGUCACAGGUAGGGUAGCAUUCAUGUAGUCUCCCCCUUUCAUACUUAUUCAUAAUUCAGGGCUGUAGGCAUCUAGUAUAAAUAAUAAAAGCACCAUGUGCAAGCCUUAGUGAUCAGUGUCACAAGCUCCCAGCAGCCAUCAGAGCUACUCUAUGGCGCCAGAAUGAUGAUGUUUGCUGUCAGUCUCAGUACCGUUGAGCUGGGUCUGCUAAGUGUCAAUACUUGUUCACUCCAAGUAUUGAGUAUUGUAUCCCUGAAAUACUGAAACGGGCAGACUCACAACACUGCUUCAUUACUUCUAAUUUAUCGCAUAAUGACAGUGUUACAUGUUUUCUUUUCUUAGCCCCUCCGACAAGGUCCUGUUGUGAUUUUGGCAAGCAUAUUGGGCGUCCCAGAAGCAGUGCACAAGGGGAAAUUCAUGUAAAAAGAAACAUGACAACUUCUGCAGCAGGUCAUUGAUGAUAUUGACUGUCCUGGCACCAAAAAAGCCACAAUCAACCCAAAUAGAUUUUUAGAAUAAUUAUUAUUUGUAAUUUUAAAUAUAUUGAUACCUGUCAUAUGGAA